CAUAAGACCGGUUGCGCAAGAUGCGAAGGAUACUAUCGAAUUGAUAAAGCUGACAAGGCACGCCAUGUGCAAGAUGCUGCUACUGCUGCCGCAGCUGCUGAAUCUAACGAACCUUCAAAGGGACGACAAGUUUCUCGAGAGAAUCGCGCUAGCAAUCGACGCAUUAUCUCAUUCUUUCAGGCUUCGGAUGCUGGAGAUUUAUUAAAACUCAAUCAAUUAAAGACUCGGAAGAAGCAGCUGCGAUUUGGAAGAUCACAAAUUCACGAGUGGGGAUUAUUUGCUAGAGAGCCUAUCGCGGCUGAUGAAAUGGUUAUUGAAUAUGUCGGUCAAACGAUUAGACAGACUGUCGCUGAUGAACGUGAACAUCGAUACGAAAAAAUUGGGAUUGGUAGCAGUUAUUUAUUCCGUAUCGACGAUAAUUACAUUAUUGAUGCUACCAAAUGUGGAAAUUUAGCUAGAUUUAUUAAUCAUUCGUGCUCGCCAAACUGCUACGCUAAGAUUAUUUCACUCGAAUCCCAGAAGAAAAUCGUUAUUUACUCUAAAUACGAUAUCCAAGUGAAUGAAGAAAUAACCUACGAUUAUAAAUUUCCUAUCGAAGAUGUCAAGAUACCAUGUCAUUGCGGAGCGUUACAAUGUCGUGGGGCUCUCAAUUAG